GCUGAAGGCGAUCUGGAGGCGGAGAGGCGCAGCGGAGCUGCGGACACACCGGCGCUGAGGGACGGCGGAGUCUCCACCGCACGACACGCGCACAGCAGCACGGGCACCUCUGGAACGAGAGCGGCCGGGGAGCUUGUUUUUAACAUAUUUCGCCGAAAAGGACGUGGAGGGAGCGGCAGAGAGCCGGGCCGCGCCGCUGUGCAGACAGGGCAGCCGCUGCUGAAGGGAGAAAACCCGGGUCUAACUGAGAGCCGUUGAGGCACUCGGGCUCCGACACGCACCUCCUCCGAUCUCCAUCCGCCCCCCCACCCACGCCCCACCGAGCCGCCGCCAUGACCUCGGAGCUGGAGAGCAGUUUGACCUCCAUGGACUGGCUGCCGCAGCUGACCAUGCGGGCGGCCAUCCAGAAGGCAGACGCUCAGAACGCACACGGACCCGGCAUGGCCAAGAAGAGCGCCCUGCUGGACCCCAACACCACGCUGGACCAGGAGGAGGUCCAGCAGCACAAGGACGGGAAACCACCGUACAGCUACGCCAGCCUCAUCACCUUCGCCAUCAACAGCUCGCCAAAGAAGAAGAUGACCCUGAGCGAGAUCUACCAGUGGAUCUGCGAUAAUUUCCCCUACUACAGGGAGGCGGGCAGCGGCUGGAAGAACUCCAUACGGCACAAUCUCUCGCUGAACAAGUGUUUUCUUAAAGUGCCUCGCUCCAAAGAUGACCCGGGAAAGGGUUCGUACUGGGCGAUUGACACGAAUCCUAAGGAGGACACGUUGCCCACGCGGCCCAAGAAGAGGCCACGGUCUGGAGAACGGGCGUCCACACCCUACAGCCUGGAGUCGGAUUCUCUGGGAAUGGACUGCAUCAUCUCCGGAAGUGCCUCUCCGACGUUGGCAAUCAACACUGUGACUAACAAGGUGGCGUUGUAUAACCCAGAUCAGGAUGGGAGUGACAGUCCGAGAAGCAGCCUUAACAACAGCCUGUCUGACCAGAGUCUGGCCUCGGUUAAUCUCAACAGCGUGGGGAGUGUGCACAGCUACACGCCGGUGACGAGUCAUCCCGAGCCGGUGUCUCAGUCUCUGAGUCUACAGCAGCAGCAGCAGCAGCAGCAGCCCCAGUACAGCAUCCCCGAGAGAGACAAGCAGCUCCUCUUCUCCGACUUCGAAGAUCUCAGUGCCUCCUUCCGCAGCCUUUACAAGUCUGUCUUUGAGCAGUCCUUCAGCCAACAGGGUUUGAUGGGCAUGCCGUCGGAGUCGUCUCAGCAGACACACACCUCCUGCUCCUACCAGCACUCCCCCAGCAGCACCAUCAGCACCAUCAGCACACACUCCCACAACAACCAGAACAGCAUCUCCAACUCCCACCCCAACAGCAUCCCGACCAGCGGCAGCCAGGUGCCCCUCACCCACCCCCACAACUCCCCCCACGCCCAGCACCUGCCCCAGCACGGCCCCCACGCCCAGCACCCGCACGCCCAGCACUCCCAGCACAGCCAGCACCCGCACACACAGCACACGCCGCACGGCCAGCACGGUCCUCACGGGCAGCACCAGCCCCAUACCCAGCACUCCCAGCACUCCCAACACUCCCAACACACUCAACACUCUCAACACACCCAACACACCCAACACACUCCGCACUCCCAGCAGCCCCAACAACACCAACAGCACCAACAGCACCAGAACCUCUCGCACCAGCCCCAUCCAGCCCAGCAACAGAUGCCCUGCAGCACCGGUUUGCCGAACGACUGGUACCCAAACCUGGAUACACUGAAAGAGAGCUGUCGCAUUGCCAGCAGCUACAACUGGGCCGAUGUGGACCUCUCACCAUUUCAAGGUUUGAGGGAGAGUAUGCGGCAGGCAGAGCUGAAUAACUGGUCUCUGGAGCCGACCCAAAUCGCAGACCUCUGCUCCUCCAUCAACCAGUUUUUUGCCCGCACUGGAGUCAUCCAGCCACAGGGGGCAGUGCAGUCUCCUGUCUGUCACAGCACCAUGCACUCCAACAAGCCCAGCCAGCACAUCAAUACAGGAAAUAUGUAUAUGGACUCGAGACAGACCAUGUCCUCUAUGAUGGGUCCUCCGGGAUAUCCACACAUGCCUAUGAGCAGCGCGGGGAACGCCAUGACAGGUCAUCACCCGCAGAUGAACCAGCAGCACAUGAUGGCUACCGGGAACUUUCAGAUGCGGCGCAUGCCCGCCGAGGACAUCCAGGACGACUUCGACUGGGACUCCAUCGUCUAGCGCUCGCCGCCAGGGAGAAGAGUGGUGCAGGAAAACGAGAGAGAGAGAAAGAGAGAGAGAGAAGCGUGGAGGAGGAGAAGAAGAAGAAGAAAGAGAGAGUGUAUGUGAAAGAGAAUAGAGAGAGAGAAAAUAGAGAGGGCUAGUCCCCAGCUGUCUGCACGCCCCGAGGCAGGAGGCAGAUCGAUACCGGGAGCUUCAAAAAAUAAAUGAAUAAAUAAAUAAAUAAAAAAAGAAAAUAAGAAGAGGAAACGAGUGCAGGUGACGUUUUGAAACGAGCUGAAAGAGACUCCUGUUGUCGUGGUGUUUUUAGGAAAUUAAAGAAAAAACAAAGAAACAAAAAAAAAAAAAGUUACUUUGAAGACAAUCACAUUUACACUAGGACAUGUUUAAGUGAUUGCUUUCGCGCUCGUCCCCGAAACGGGAACGUGUGCGCUCAUGUUCAUGUUAAAUGUAAAACCCAACCCCCUUAUCUGUGGCAAAACCCCCUCCUCCUCCUCCUCCCCCCCUCCUUUACUGUGUCCCAACAAAAACUGCCUUUCUGCAAAUCUGCUCGUAGGCCAAGCUCUUCCCUGCCCUUUAACUGUUGUGUGAGUUUUUACAUUUUUAUUUUUCUCUGUUUUUGCUUCAUUUUAUUUGGUUUUAUUUGGGUGGGAGUGAUAUGUUUUGGCUUGUUCUCUCUCCUCUCUUGGCUCUCAUUCGUCGUGUGAUGAUUCCCUCUUUUCGUACAGGUAAUAAAACAAAGGCAGGCUUUUUCAGGGAACGUCACUCAGCCGGUGCGAGUGCUGCCCUCUGCUGGCUCGGUCCAUCUCUGUGAAUUCUGGUGCUCCACACGUCACCUGAGCCCUUACUCUGUAAAGAUCUGCUUUCCCUGAUGUGGAUUAAGCCUUAAAACUGGUUUUUAAUCUUGUUUUAGAUUUUAAUCUGCAUCUUUGAAAAACAGACAAAAGUGUUCAUGAAGCACCCGACUCAAAUCUCACGGAUCUCACGGAUCUCACGUGCUCACGAAACGUUUAAACAGUUCAACAACAUGAACGAGUACGGCUCAUAAAGCAUUUGUAAAUUGAACCACAUUACCUGCAGUAUUUGUAUUUACCUGUGUAUCUCUGCAGUCCGUGAUGUAUCAUACUCUGCCUGUCUCUUAACGGUGUGUAAAGCGCUGGGGAAUGAAUGAUGAUGACGGUGCAUCAGGAGGUGACGGACUCAAAUCUCUAAAAAUCUAAAUAUUCUGUUCAUUUUACUGUAGUAUUAAUCAAUCAAUCAAUCAGUCAAUUAAUGAAUGAAUGAAUCAUCCAUUCAUUUAUUCAAUCAAUUAAUUAAUCAAUCAAUUAAUCAAUCAAGUGUUUCACACUCGUCUCUCGCUCCACGUCUGCAUGACUGUCUACAGCUUUUGUUUUUUGUUUGUUUCUUUCUUUCUUUCUUUGUUCGUUCGUUUUCUACAGUCUCGCGUUUGCCAUCGCAGCGUGCCGCUCGAGCUAGCCUCAUGUUUACACAGCCUUCCAUUCGACUAAGAAUGGAGUGAUCUGAUAAUUCUAUACUAUAUAUUAUCACAAUAUCACAAUAUUUAUAUUGAGUGAGCCAUUUAGUUAAUUGGUUAACUGGUUAAUUAAUUUAGUUUAAAAGCUCAAUAAUGCACAAAAAAAAAAAAAAAAAAACAACAACAUGAUUUUCCCUAGUGCAGUUUUCUGGCUACUGCACUUGCGCAGAUCUCCACAUCGAGAAUAGCGUUCGCCCUUUAGCACACUGGCCCUCUCCCACUUGCAGAAUUACCAUCAAAAUUAAUGGCUCUUUUUUUUUUUUUUUU